AGCAGGUGGCGGCAUGAACCUCACGUUUUUGCGUCCACUGGUACACGAUGCGGACGAAGAAGACAGUGUACUUUGGUAGUAGUAGUUGGCCAGUUGCUGUUCUCAGCGGUUGUGCUGCAUAGACGAGUACUGGGAGAAAGAGGGGCAGACUUUGGACACACGCCGGGUGAUCAGUGCUCACUGGAAAGAAAGAGGGACUGUGUCCACAGCGAGGGACAGUGAGACGGCAGCAUAGAGACACAGACGGACAGGAUGACUGACUUCACUGUGGACACGAGCACGCUCUGUCUUUUUGAUGUUGACGGCACGCUCACUGCCGCGAGACAGCGUGUGACUCCAGAGAUGACGGAGUUCCUUCAGAAGCUGAGGACUCGUGUUCGAGUCGGCGUGGUGGGAGGUUCAGACCUCAGCAAGAUCAGAGAGCAGCUGGGAGACGAUGUGAUCCAGAGAGUGGACUAUGUGUUUGCUGAGAAUGGCCUUGAAGCCUAUAGGAAUGGACAGUUUCUCUCUGUCCAGUCCAUCCAGGCGCACAUGGGGGAAGAGCUACUGCAAGAUUUUAUCAACUUCUGUCUCAACUACAUGGCCAAGAUCAAACUGCCCAAGAAGAGGGGGACAUUCAUUGAAUUCCGUAAUGGCAUGUUGAACGUCUCCCCCAUUGGACGCAGCUGUACACAAGAAGAGAGGAAAGAGUUCUAUGAGCUCGAUCAGAAAGAGAAAAUCAGAGAGAAGUUUGUGUCCAUAUUGAAGGAGGAGUUCAAAGGAAAAGGACUGUCUUUUUCAAUCGGAGGUCAGAUCAGCUUUGACGUGUUUCCUGAUGGUUGGGAUAAAAGAUUCUGUCUGGGCAUUGUUGAGAAGGACAACUACUCAACCAUUCACUUCUUUGGAGACAAGACCAAAGCUGGAGGAAACGACUAUGAGAUCUAUUCCGACCCUCGGACCGUCGGCCAUGAAGUCUCCUGCCCGGAGGAAACACAACGACUUUGUGAGCAGCUUUUCUUCUCAUGAGAGGACUCAACUCACAGAUGUCACUGUUAUGAUCUCGUCACUUUUACAAGACAAAGAGGAGAAGACGUCUAAUAGGCUUCAUCUGUUCCAUUCUGACCUUGAGGUUUAAUAAAUUGUCACGGUGUCUUUGGUAAUGUCGAAUGAAAGAGAGAUCUCUGGUUAUUUGUCAUUUGGUUUUGAUCUUUAGGGGGCUUUAAAUGUGACAGUAAGGUGAUGGUUUAAAGUUAACUCUUUUUUUUUUUUUUUCGGUCAAAUGUGGCCAGGCCAUGGCGUCCAGUUUUUUGCAUUGAUCUUAAAGUCUUUGCAGGUUGUAGUCUGUUUGUUUAUACUCACUGCUCUGAACAAACUGGAACCAGAGCACACAUCACUUGCAUUCUCCUAGAUGCUAUGGAACGACAUAUAUGAAGAAGUUUCAUAAACAGUCUUGUGGCUGUCAGUGGAACACAGCAAAACAUGAGUCACAGCAGCAGACAGAAUCUCUCCUUUAAAAGGUCACAAGGAAUUGAACUCGGCCACUAUAGUUCCUUAUGGUAAACGUGAGAAUGUGUCUGAGAAGUACUGUGUACAAAAUUGUGUGAUGUUCCCAACACACUGACUUGAAUGAAAUAUCAACUUGUAUGAAG